CACCCCUCUCAAAUUCCCCUAGAAAUACAAAUAUGUAUAUAUAUAUUCCCUUUGGCUGUCCUCUAUAUACUGUAGAUCAAUGCUAUCUAGGUACAGGUAAGCCGUCAAGGCCUCUGCUGACAUAAGCCACGGCUCAACAGCACCCAACGUUAGUUACGAGAUGGCAGCCUGGGGAUGAGCACCGAAGCCAGCUGUGCUUCUCGUGUAGCUGUUGACCAGGAGUCCCAUUUCUAGGCAUGGGCUGAUUUCUGCCCCUCCCUCUUUUUGUUUUCUUUCUUGUUUCUCUCUCCUCCCCCCCCCUUGUCGACGACGGAAUCUCGUCAUGUCUGUCCGUCUCCUCCACCCGGACGAGUACGAGCUUGGCACGAGGUCCUCGCUUGACUCGGAAGGAACCUUCAACCUUGACGAAGCCGACUUCGAGACACAGACUCGCGGCCGGCCGAGGACCUUCCUACGAUCGUCGCUGCCGGUAUGGCUGACAAGGGUGCUGCCGGCCUCGUGGUCGAGCAGCGGAUAUCGUCGCCUGCAACCGCCGAAGCCCCUCCUGUCCGGUGCGUCGCGACGGAGUUGUCACCGCCGGUUCUUUCUCCGUCGUCUCUGUUUCCUCUCGCACAUCACGCUGGCGAUCAUAUCCGUGCUAGUCCUGCUCACGGCGAUCUUCUGCCCCUCAUAUACACGACUGCCGCCGCACUACGCCUCGCUCCGGAGGUCUGUCGCCGACUCGGACGCCGUGGGACGGGGCAACCCGCGAAACGAGAAGGUGUUUAUUGCGGCAAGCAUAUAUGACAAUGGAGGCAGUCUUGCCGGUGGCAGAUGGGGCGACGGCAUAGUGGAGCUGAUUGAUCUGCUGGGCAGGGAUAAUGUGUUUUUGAGCAUCUACGAGAAUGAUAGUGGUCAGAAGGGGGAAACUGCCUUGCGCGAGUUGGAGAAGAGGGUCACCUGCGAAAAGGCAAUCGUCAUUGAGGAGCAUCUGGAUCUCUACAGUCUGCCCACGGUGAUUAUCCCCGGUGGUGAGAAACGGGUCAAACGCAUAGAGUAUCUGGCCGAGGUCCGCAACCGAGCUCUUCGACCGCUGGUUGAGAAUCCGGAACGGCGGUUCGACAAGCUGCUGUAUGUGAACGAUGUCGUGUUCGACCCCCUCGAUGCCCUGCAGCUGCUCUUCUCAACCAACGCCAACGAGGAAGGGGUUGCACAGUACCGCGCCGCGUGUGCGGUUGAUUUCAUCAACCCCUUUAAAUUCUACGACACAUACGCCACGCGCGACUUGCAAGGGUAUAGCAUGGGCGUACCUUUCUUCCCUUGGUUCACGUCCGCUGGCAAAGGCGACAGCCGCCAGGACGUGCUGGAUGGCAAGGAUGCCGUGCGUGUCCGCAGCUGCUGGGGUGGAAUGGUUGCCUUUGACGCUCGGUAUUUCCAACAGACCAAUAGCCCCGUCCGGUUCCGUUCGGGCAACGAUCUUUUCUGGGAGGCAUCUGAAUGUUGCCUCAUCCAUGCCGAUAUCCAGGAUCCGCAGACAAACCUCGAGCAGAUCUCCGAUACCGGUAUCUACAUGAACCCCUUUGUCCGCGUUGCCUAUGAUAGUACCACCCUAUCCUGGCUGUCGACAACGCGGCGGUUCGAGCGCUUGUAUUCGUUUUUGCAUAACCUCAUCAACCAUCUUGUGGGUCUCCCCUGGUACAACGAACGCCGCGCCGAGGUGCCCGGCCAAAGUGUCCAGGAAAAAGUCUGGGUUGCCAACGAUCAAAUGGUUGGCGGCGGCUCCUUCGAAGUUCUGGAACGGAUUGCUGGCAACGAUGGAUACUGUGGCCGUCGAGGCCUGCAAGUCAUUGUCGAGCACCGAGUCAAGGGGAAGAAGGGAUACGAGAGCAUACCUAUCCCAACAUUGUAAAUGUCGAGGGUUUGAAAUAGACGGUUGGCGUUGGAUUGCGCAUUUUUGAAUGGCUUGGGAAAUUGUUUGACACUCGGGUUUGUAUGAUUAGCAUCGAGGGCCAAGGUACC